AGAGAGAGAGAGAGAGAGAAAAGACGAAAGAAUCGAGAGAAGAAAGGAGGAGGGGGGACUUUGAAAGAAAGCGAGUCUCGUGAGGAGGGAGGGAAAAUGACGGGUAGUCGCAGUAGUGAAAUAAAUCCGGAAGUGACGUUGCAUGGCGAGGGCGGGAAGCACACGGUUCAUUGGUUUCGCAAGGGUCUCAGACUGCACGACAAUCCAUCGUUGAGGGAGGGUCUCGUCGGAGCCUCCACCUUUCGUUGCGUGUUUGUUUUGGAUCCGUGGUUCGCCGGAAGUACGAACGUUGGCAUCAACAAAUGGAGGUUCUUGCUGCAGUGUUUGGAGGACCUCGACUGCUCCUUGAGGAAAUUGAACUCCAGGUUGUUCGUGAUACGAGGGCAACCGGCGGAUGCUCUGCCAAAAUUGUUCAAAGAAUGGGGCACGACGAACCUGACCUUCGAGGAAGAUCCAGAGCCGUUUGGACGCGUCCGAGAUCAUAAUAUUUCUGCGUUGUGCAAGGAGCUUGGUAUCUCUGUAGUCCAAAGGGUCUCGCAUACUCUCUACAAGUUGGACGAGAUCAUCGAGAGGAACGGAGGGAAGCCGCCGUUGACCUAUCACCAAUUUCAAACUGUGGUUGCCAGCAUGGAUCCUCCGGAACCACCGGUGCCGACCGUUACUUCCGUUUGCGUAGGCUCGGCCUACACCCCAUUGAAGGAAGAUCACGACGAUCAUUAUGGCGUCCCAACACUCGAAGAACUCGGCUUCGACACGGAAGGUCUUCUUCCACCUGUAUGGGUCGGAGGCGAGAGCGAAGCUUUGGCACGGUUGGAGCGCCAUCUGGAGAGGAAAGCUUGGGUGGCUAGUUUCGGAAGGCCGAAAAUGACCCCGCAGUCAUUGUUGCCCAGUCAAACCGGCCUCUCGCCGUAUCUAAGAUUUGGAUGCCUGAGCACCCGGCUGUUUUACUAUCAGCUCACUGACCUCUACAAAAAGAUAAAAAAGGCGGUGCCGCCGCUCUCGUUGCACGGGCAGCUUUUGUGGCGCGAAUUCUUUUACUGCGCCGCGACGAAGAACCCGAAUUUCGAUCGGAUGCAGGGCAAUCCGAUCUGCGUGCAAAUCCCUUGGGACAAGAACGUCGAGGCACUUGCCAAGUGGGCAAACGGCCAAACGGGAUUUCCAUGGAUCGAUGCAAUCAUGACUCAACUGAGAGAAGAAGGUUGGAUACAUCACUUGGCCAGACAUGCGGUCGCUUGUUUUCUGACCAGAGGUGACCUUUGGAUCUCUUGGGAAGAAGGGAUGAAGGUAUUCGACGAGCUGCUGCUAGACGCCGACUGGUCGGUGAACGCGGGAAUGUGGAUGUGGUUGUCGUGCAGUUCCUUCUUCCAGCAAUUCUUUCACUGCUACUGCCCGGUGAGAUUCGGCAGAAAGGCCGACCCAAACGGUGAUUACAUCAGACGAUACUUGCCGGUUCUGAAAAACUUCCCGACGAGAUAUAUUCACGAACCGUGGAACGCACCUCUCAGCGUGCAGCGUGCAGCCAAGUGUAUCGUCGGCAAAGACUACUCGUUACCGAUGGUGAAUCACAGCAAGAGUUCCAGGAUCAAUAUCGAAAGAAUGAAGCAGGUCUACCAGCAAUUAAACAAAUAUCGUGGUAACGGUUUACUGAAUGCACUGCCACCCCCAUCGGUGAAAGAAACCGAGGAAGAAAAGAAAAAGACGAAGCAAUCUCCGCCGCCUCCGGAGAACCAGUCGAAGAUGGAAACUCUCGUCAAGGGGACGCAACAUCAGCAACAGCACCAUCAGCAUCAGUAGCGACAAAUACGCUGAUGUCGCCGGAAACAAUAAGGCGAUAAUCCGAAGAAACACAAACUUCUGUUACUUCUUAAUUUUAUUUAAUAUUCAUGCUUAUUUAUUUACGCCGUCGUUGCGUCGAUGCUGGAAUCGUCUCUCAAUAGCAGUUUAUAUAAUUUACAUCUCUAACGCGUAUAAUUUAACGUCCAACAGCUUGGAAAAGAAAAAAAAAAAGAAAAGAAGAAGA